UAUGACCACUCAAAUGACCCAUGGUUUAAGAACAGGUAUAGUGCAGCUGAGGUGGAGAAAACCGCGGCAAUCAAGGCAAAUCCAGUGCCCCCUUAUUUGAAAAGGGCUGGAUUUCGGCCAUCUAAGCUUGAAGAUUUCGGGGAUGGAGGAGCAUUCCCGGAAAUUCAUUAUGCACAGUAUCCUCUUGAUAUGGGGAGAAAGAAGGACUGGAAACCUAGGAGCAAUACAUUGCCUGUUACUGUGGAUGAGCAUGGUAGAGAUGCCUGUGGACCCAUUGGAGCCACCAAAGUUUAAACAUAAGAGAGUUCCUAAGGCCUCUGGUUCUCCACCUGUGCCAGUUAUGCACUCUCCACCUUGUCCUGUAACUGUGAAGGACCAACAGGAUUGGAAGAUAUCGCCUUGUAUUUCUAAUUGGAAGAAUCCAAAAGGUUAUACUAUCCCACUUGAUAAGCGUCUGGCUGUAGAUGGUAGGGGACUUCAAGAGGUCCAAAUCAAUGACAAUUUUGUAAAACUGUCAGAGGCUUUGUACGUUGCAGAACAGAAGGCUAGAGAAGCAGUUGCAAUGCGGUCUAAGGUGCAAAAGGAGAUGAUGAUGAAAGAGAAAGAAAAGAAGGAGAUGGAGCUUCGUGAGCUGGCCAGGAAGGCAAGGUCUGAGCGAACUGGCAUUGCACCUCCAGCAUCUGAAAGGGGGACCUUGAAUGAUGGUAUGAAUGUGGAGUUUGACUGUGUAAGAGAUGUACCAAAGGAGAAUAGGGAGGAAAGGGAUGAAAAAUUACAGAGAGACAAAAUUCGUGAAGAGAGGCGCCGAGAGAGGGAGAGGGAAAGAAGGCUGGAGGCUAAAGAUGCUGCAAUGGGCAAGAAGAGUACGAUCACGAGGGAUAGGGACCGUGAUGUUAGUGAAAAAAUGGCCCUUGGGAUGGCCUCUACAGGUGCCACUAGGGGAGAGAUCAUGUAUGAUCAAAGAUUAUUUAACCAGGAGAAGGGUAUGGAUUCUGGAUUUGCAACCGAUGAUGGAUAUAACAUUUAUGACAAGGGUCUCUUUACUGCUCAACCUACACUUUCUACACUGUAUAGGCCAAAGAAAGAUGUUGAUGCUGAGAUGUAUGGAGGUGUAGAUGAGAAACUGGAUAAGAUUAUGAAGACAGAUCGAUUUAAAGCUGACAGAGCAUUUGGUGAAACAUCUGAUAGGGGUGCCCCAAGAGAGUUUGAAAAGGAGGGUGAGGAGGCAGAUCCAUUUGGUUUGGACCAGUUCUUGACCGAGGUGAAGAAGGGUAAGAAAGCCUUGGACAAAGUAAGCAGUGGAGGUAGCAUGAAGGCUAGUGCUGGGUCCACUAGGGAUGGAUAUGAAGGAGGAGGAUCUAGCAGAACAAGAAUUAACUUUGAGAGGGGGCGAUAAGUUGAACAUUUUUCGGAGACUGGAACACUUCAGCAUUGCUGGCUUAGAGUCACACUUCCAAACAUAUCUAUGCUUUUUGCCAAAGACCUUGUGGUCUAGUGGCACCCGGGGUCUCGGUUUACACUCCCACAUGGAUGAUGGGAGUGGGUUUGAGCCUCAGUGGAGGCAACUGUUGACUCUUUGUGCUUCAAUAGGUUGAGAAAGUAGCUAUGAACAGAUACUACAUUGUAAUAGAGUCAGUAGUACUCAACAAAAAAAAAAAAAAACAUAUCUAUGCUUUUUAUAGUGCCUUUUGGAUAUUAUUUAAAUUGUUGAAGUACCAAGUCUCCUUUCUUUUAUUUAGGCUAUUGUACCAUAUUUACAUCUGAAUUCAUAUGGGUAGCAUUUUGAUCACGAAAGCCAGCAUGCCCUUGCGUUAA